AGUCUACGGCAGUCGGUGGUAAAAUUGGGACAGAUGUGUGCGAUUGUCCGCUCUGCAGUUCGCGGACUCUCGAAACACCUACGAAGUGUACUUACAAAUUUUACUGUGAUAUACCGUGUUUAAAUCAAAAUGGACACGGGGAACAAGACCACUAAACCCCGCAACCCUGCGGAAAAUACCAAUCCGAUAUCUUUGCUCUUCUUUUUCUAUAUGUUCCCUAUCUUCAAAAAAACGUACAAGUACAAAUUAACAGAAGAAGAACUAUUUUCUCCGUUGAAGGAGCACACAUCUAGUAGACUAGGAUCAAAAUUAGAAAAAGCAUGGAAGGAAGAAUAUAGGAUACACAAAAAGACUGCACUACAUAGGGCUUUAUUUAGGAUAUUUGGACUUAGAUAUACGAUCUUAGGGUUAAUCAGAUUGUUCGACGAACUCUUGUUAAUAGUGGUAAUGCCUUACUGUAUACGAAUGCUAGUUUCGUAUUUGGAAGCAGGACAGACCCGAAUAACGAAAGAUGAAGCGUUAAUUUAUGCAGCUGCACUUGUGAUUACACUUUUACUAGAUGCUGUGAUGCAACAACCAAACUAUAUGGGCUUACAACACAUCGCCAUGAAGAUACGGGUGGCGUGCUCGUCUUUGAUAUAUAGAAAAACUUUGAGGUUUAGCCGAGAAGCUUUAGGAAAUACUACUGUAGGUCAAUUAGUAAACUUAUUAUCCAAUGACGUAAGCAAAUUUGACCAGUUAUUUGGUUUAACUCAUUACGCCUGGAUAGGGCCAAUCCAAGUUGCUCUUGGGACAUGGCUGUUGUAUAGAGAAAUUGGAGUGAGUGCCUUUUUUGGUAUGGCGUUCCUAGUGUCGUUCGUCCCACUUCAAAUUUGGCUAGCCAAAAAAAUGUCUGUGAUGCGUUUGAAAACAGCUUUGAGGACCGACGAAAGGGUCAAACUAAUGAACGAAAUUAUCUCCGGUAUUCAGGUGAUUAAAAUGUAUUGCUGGGAAAAACCGUUCGCUCAUGUUAUUGAUUUGGCACGAAGAUCCGAAAUGCGAGCAAUCAGAUCACACUCCUGCCUCCUAGGAAUACUCUAUUCAUUCGAAGUAUUUGUGUCUAGAACUGCGAUAUUUGUGAGCAUCGUUGGCUACGUCCUUCUCGGUAAUUAUGUAUCAGCCGAUAAAGUUUUUGCUAUUACCGCCAUCUACAACCAGAUGAGAACAAUCAUUACGAUCAUAUUUUCGCUGAGUAUAACAGCGUUAGCCGAAAUGCACGUUACUAUAGAUAGGAUACAUAAGUUAAUGGUGUUUGACGAACGAGAACAAGGCUGUGAAGAAGAUUAUGAUAAAAUGAAUGGUAACUAUCCAUCGAAACUAGACGGAUUAGAUGGCAUAAAGAACGGUAUUAAUGGAAACGGUACAGGUAUUGAAUUACAUAAAAAAAUCAAAGAGCCUAAAUUGUUGCUAUCUGGAGUAUCUGCCAAGUGGUCACAACAGUCUACUGAAAAUACUCUAAGUGACAUAACCUUUAAUGUUCCUCCUAAUAAAAUGCUUGCGAUUAUUGGACCAGUUGGUAGCGGCAAGAGCAGCAUUGUAAACUUAAUACUAAAAGAAUUACCAGUAAAGUCAGGAAAAUUAGAAAUAGAUGGAAAAGUUUCUUAUGCUUCCCAAGAGCCAUGGCUUUUUGCCGCGAGUGUACGUCAAAACAUCUUGUUCGGUGAAGAAUAUGAUGAAGAAAGAUACAAAAUGGUUGUAGAAGUGUGUGCCUUAAAAUCAGAUUUUGCCUUAUUGCCCCACGGAGAUAAAACUUUGGUCGGAGAGAAAGGAAAAGCCCUGAGCGGAGGGCAAAAAGCUAGAGUGAAUUUGGCUAGAUGUGUGUACAAAAAAGCCGACAUAUAUCUUCUAGAUGAUCCUCUAUCCGCUGUUGAUGCUAACGUAGGAAAACAUCUCUACGAUAGAUGCAUCAAACAGUUCCUGUCCAACAAAAUAUGUGUUCUGGUUACACAUCAGCUACAGUACUUAAGAAACGCCGAUAAGAUCAUUAUCAUGAAAGAUGGUAAGAUGGAGAUGACUGGAAGCUACACAGAACUAAAGAAAAGCGGUUUAGAUUUCGCCAAAGUUAUGGAAGAAUUUAACGAAGAGGCCGAAGAAGACAAACGAAUGAAGUCAAUUAAAUCAAAAGCGUCAAUUUACGAUGAGCCAAUAGAAGAUGAAGAGGACCAAGUUUUGGAGAAGGAAAUGCAAGAGAAGGGUACCAUUAAGGCAGCUACUUAUUAUUUGUACUUAAAAGCAGGCGGUGGGAUUUGUUCGAUGUUAGCACUGGGCUUUUUAUUUAUUAUUUGUCAAGUAGUUGCUAACGCCGGAGAAUACUAUGUUACUUAUUGGGUGAACUUAGAACAAGAUUUUAGCGAGAAGCAAAGCAUGAAUUUAACCUCACCCAAUGAAACUAUCAACAGGGAUCUUAUCAUGUGGUCUUACACUGCCCUUAUCGUUGGUAACAUAAUCAUAUCGAUAGUCAAGGCAUUGUACUUUAUGGUUUUCUUCGUAAUAGCUUCUAAGAACCUCCAUAAAUAUAUAUUCGACAAACUAAUUAAAGCGACGAUGAGAUUUUACAACACAAAUCCAUCUGGAAGGAUUCUAAACAGAUUUUCGAAGGAUCUAGGAACUGUGGAUGAAUAUUUGCCUUCUGUUAUCAUUGAUGUGAUUGAGAUUGCAUUACUUCUUCUCGGAGCUAUUACACUAUCUGCAAUAGUAGAGCCCUUAUUAACUGUACCUGCAGUGGUGCUAAUGAUAAUUUUCUAUUUACUGAAAAUAGUAUAUUCUGAAACCAGUAGAAACGUUAAAAGGGUUGAAGCAAUUACAAAAAGUCCAAUGUUGACUCACCUCACAGCCUCAGUUAAUGGAUUGAGCACAGUCCGGGCUUUCCAUGCUGAAAAAAUGUUAACUGAAGAAUUCGACAACUACCAGGACAAUCACAGUGCAGCCUGGUUCUUAUAUUUGGCUUCCAGUAAAUGCUUUGGACUCUGGUUAGAUAUCAUCUGUAUCGUUUUCAUAGCUGUAGCAGUAUUUUCGCUUUUGUUGUUCCGAGAUACAAUCCAUGGAGGUGACUUAGGUUUAGUCAUCACUCAGUACCUGGGUCUAAUGGGCUCACUCCAGUGGGGAAUGCGACAAUGGACCGAACUAGAAAACAACAUGACGUCAGUGGAAAGAAUUCUGGAAUACACUCGUUUAGAAACAGAACCCGAACGAAAAGAGCCUAAAAAUAUUCCCCAACCAUGGCCGGAGAAGGGUCUUGUUGAAUUCAAAGAUGUUAGUUUACGAUACAGUCCAGAGGAUCCGCCUGUACUUAAGGGACUGAACUUUACAGUACAGCCCAAAGAGAAGAUUGGCAUAGUUGGAAGGACUGGCGCUGGUAAAUCGUCAACCAUAACUGCUCUGUUUCAACUGUAUCCACUCGAAGGAACUGUUGUUAUCGAUGGUGUAGAUACGACGCAAAUACCGUUGGAUUUGGUUAGGACGAAUAUUUCGAUCAUACCACAAGAACCAGUUCUUUUCUCAGGUAAAAUGCGUGAAAACUUGGACCCAUUCGAAAACUACAGCGAUGACGUAUUAUGGAACGCCUUAGAUCAAGUUGAACUGAAAGAUGUGAUAUCAGAACUUCCAGCAGGUCUCAAUACAGAAGUCACAGAAGGAGGAAAUAACUUUAGUGUUGGCCAGAGACAACUGGUUUGUCUUGCUAGAGCUCUUAUUAGAAAUAAUAAGAUUUUGGUCAUGGACGAAGCUACCGCGAAUGUGGAUCCACACACCGAUUCUUUGAUUCAGAAAACCAUAAGGGAUAAGUUUGCGGAUUGUACGGUGCUGACAAUUGCCCACAGGUUGCACACGGUCAUGGAUUCUGACAAAAUAUUGGUUAUGAAUUCCGGCAGAGUGGAGGAAUUCAAUCAUCCGUAUCUUCUUUUACAAAACGUGCAUGGUGUGCUUCAUAAUUUGGUCGACGCAACUGGACCUUCUACCGCAAAGAAUUUAGAAAACAUAGCCAAAGAGAGUUACGAGAAGAAAAGAGUUUAAGAAUUUUAUCUCAUGGAAUUAAUUUUAAGAUUGCUGUGAUCUUUUCAUACUUUUCAAGAACAGUAUUUAGACCAGUUAUAAUUUUUGUUACUUGCCAAUUUAUUAUUAGGUAGAUCUAAUUAUUAAGUAUUUAAAAAUAAAACUAUUUCCUUUU